UUUUUUAACUCAUAUAUACACAAGUAUGUGCUUAUAGUCUUAUAUCGAGCCUUGUUCAGAGUAGACCAAUCCAGAAAAAACGUAAAAAAGUAGAAAAAUGUCAACGAAAGUCACACAAAUCAAAAGUGGGAGUCAUGUGAAACGAGAAAGUUACUUUAUUCGCUUUCGCAAGCGUUGGAAACGACGAGGCGUUAUCGAGAUUGGCGAAUCCCACAACAAACACCCAUUUACGCUGUAUGUUCGACAAGGCCUGCAAGAUAGCAUUGCUGCAACUAAGGAGUUCAAGGGCCAGGGAACUGACAAACAAUAUUCUCAAGAAAUUCAUAGAAAAUUGGUUUCAAGCCAUGAUAGAACUGAGUUUGAAUUUGUGACCUAUGCACCAGAAGUAUUCGAGUCACUCAGAGAACAAGUUGAUAUGUUUCCAGACACUUAUUACGAUCGUAUAUGUCCGGAUGAUAAUGAUAUAAAAUAUCUGGAAUUUGUGUCAAAUUCAAAAAGUGGACAAAACUUUUUCCUUUCCAACAACAAACAGCUUAUGAUCAAGACACAUACAAGAAAUGAAAAGAAUUUUUUUCUAAAAAUAUUACCAAGUUACAUCAAUCAUCUCAAACGAUACCCGCAUUCAUUGAUUGUAAGAUAUCUUGGAUUGUAUAAAAUCACCAUCAAUAAGCAUGAUCCGGUCUAUUUCAUUGUUAUGCAAAGCAUCUUAUAUCCAGAUGAAAGAAUUAACCAAAGAUAUGAUUUGAAAGGCUGUCAGGCUGGGAGAUUUACCAAGGAACAAAACAAUGAUCAGAAUGAAAUCAUCACUGUCUUGAAAGACAUGAACUUUGAAGAAACAAAGAUAUUUCUAGGUUCACAAAGCUCUUGGUUUGAUCUACAAAUUCAACACGAUACUGAGUUUUUAAGAAGUUUGAGAGUUAUUGAUUACAGUCUCCUGAUCGGGGUACAAUCGCUACAUCAAGAGGAAAUCAAGGAAAACAGGGAACUUGCUUCAAUCAUUGUCAGAACAAAAAAAUCAACAUCUCGUCAACACAGCGUUCUACGUCACUGGGCCCAAAGUCCAACAAGAAUGAUGAAGCAGAUUAGUGAGGAAUCCGAAGUAUCACAGUCAUCGUCACCAGAUGAAAACAUAAACCUACCAGGCACGGUACAGGAAGAAAACGAAUCUGACACAGUGAAAAGUAAUUCAACUAAAAGUACUUCAUCGAUUGUCAGUCCUAAAAAAAGCACUGCCGAUAGUCGAGAUUCCGUAAAUGAAUCAGAAUCAAUCAUGCAGAACCGUCGUUUACUGCCGCAAUGUCGUAACGAGCUUCACAUAAUCGAUGGGUCAAAUCAAGAACGCUAUUUCAUCGGUAUUAUCGACUUUUUUACGCCUUUUGGACUCAAAAAACGUUGCGAAGGAAUCUUUAAAGCGAUGAAGUAUAAAAAGUCUGGUUACUCUUAUUCUACAGUCAAUCCUGACGCUUAUGCCGAUAGAUUUCAAGAGUUUUUGAAGAAACACGUCGUUUAGGUCCCAUAGAAAUUGUGGGAGUCGCUUUCGUAUGUAGUCAUUACAAAUGUCGAUCGUACACGGAUCUCAACUUAUCAUGUUGUUUUUGUCGACUAAAAUUCGUAAUCGAGCCCGCAAAAUUGGUAGAAUCUAGACCAGUGGUUCUUAAACGAUGGGGGCGCCCCACAAAGAGGUCGUAGAAAAAUUACGUUCAUUUUCAACAUGUUUUUUGAAUAAAACAUACUUUCGCCUUACUAUCUGUUAUUUGUAGCUUAUUGUUAGCUAGUUAUUUUUGAAGUGAGACGCGACACUUAGCGAAUUUGAAAAAGAGGGCGUAGCUUAAUAAGUUUGAGAACCACUGUUUUAGACCUUUAUAAUAAAAGCCAAUGUUUGUCUCAAAUUUUUCAUUUCUCCUCCCAAACAAAAUGCGUAGUAAAAAUAACCUAACAGGGAUAGGCAAAGUCUAGUAAUCUAUUAUUUUCAAUAUAUAAUUUGACUCCAACUCUCUGCAUUUUAAAAUAUAAUUCCAACGACACAACAUUUUACAGAGUCGCAAUUCUUACCACUUCAUGGCAGCUCCUGCCACGAACGAACAAAUGGCGUCUUUUGCCAUGGGUUGUGGCGUUAGCACCGGAUAUUCACAAAGUCAUGUAUAAUAUUUUAGUUUAUUAUGUGGAAUUAUAUCUACCGGUACUUAAACCUGAAACCCCAAAUCAAUCAAAACUGUAUUCAUAAGGAAAAUGUUCUAACUUACCUAAAUUGUGUCACCAUCAGGGGCAGUGCUGCCAUUUCAGCCUAAAUGACGUCGUUAUGACAGCAAACUUUUACCCACCAUUGGUUUUUAAUUUGCUGGCGUGGUAAUGGCAUCUCACUAUUGGUUUGUGGCAGCUAAAUAGUCUGUCACCAUGAUUUUGGCCAUAGCGGUCAUGGUUUGGAAAUAUCGCCAUGGUUUUGCGGCAACUUCGGAUGCCACAAAAUACCUGAAACUGCACCUGAUUUUAUAUGUCAAACAUGUAUUUAUUAUUACUUUCUUAUUUUACCGGUUUUAAUUAUUAUUUUUGUAAAUUCCAAUGAUUUCUUGCUUCUAAUUAAGUAUCAUCAUUUAUACCUUGUUUAUUUUAUUAAAUAAUUAUUAUUUUUCCACAUUCCAAUGAUCUUCAUUAUCAAAAAGCAAUUGCAUCCACAUACUGCACAUCUUAAGCCCCCGACACAAAAACAUUUUUGUACUUAUCAUGUAUUUAUUAAACCAUGUUUAUUUUUUACCUAAACUAUUAUUUAUUGUUUUUAGCUGUGAUAUAGUUAUUCUAAUUAUGUUAUACACAAAGAUCCGUGUUUCAUUGACAUUAGCGUUUAUUGUGAGACUAUUUUAUUGCGCCCGGCAGAGUAGUCAUGUAGUUCUGUUCUAUACCAGAAGGUGGCAGCAGCAGGUGACGAUUUGCCUUUGUUUUUAUUUGAUUACUAAUCAAGAUGUCCAAUUCAACAUUUUUCUUCAAUGGUAAAAAAGCCUAUAUUAACAAUAUAACACUUAUAUUGUGAAUAUCAUGUAUUUUUCCAACAUUUUCAGCUGGUGGUGUGCCGCGGGAUUUUUUCAAUGAAAAAUGUGUAAAAACACUGUUUCCGACGCAUGAACUUGAUUGAGCUUGACUGUCGAAAAAAAUUGGAAAGAAUGUUAGCGGCUGCGAAUGCAAUCACUUCCUCGUGUAGAUUCAUUUUGUGAAAGACAUGUCUAAGAUUAAGUCUCCUUGGAACGAAAGUGAAAAUAUCCAUCUUUGGGCAAAGGCACAAAAACUCACACAAAUUUUUUUAUAAGAGCAACUAUCAUUGAAGUAUUAUACUUCUUCUGUUGGUCAUCUCCUGCCUAGCUUAACUGUUCUUGUGCACUGAUGCGUUUUCUGUUUAAUUUAAAUGCACUUUAUAUUGUUAAACCAUUAGACAUAAUAUUGCACUAUUUAAUUAUAUUUUGUCUUUUCGUUUGUAUUGCUUUUAAAUCUAAUACACAAACGCA